AUGGACGGACCCAAGCGCUUCCGCGGGGCGACGGGGCAGAAGCAAGCAGCGCUGGAGACGCCGAUGAUGGGGGCGCGGGGGAAGACUCCGCGCGCGACGACGGCCAACGCCCGACGAAGCCACUGCAUCACGGUGAUCGCCGAGGGCCGGAACCGCGAGGUCGCGCUCUGCUGCCUCGACCUCCACAUGCCCCAUGAGAUGCUCGUAUCCAGCAUGGUCGACUCGAGGAGCUUUGUGGAGACGAUCUCGCUCCUUGAGAGCUACCAGCCCGUGGAAAUCCUCAUGGUGGACGCGGGGACUCCGCGACAACUCCAUCUCGAGGUGAAGAAGCGCUUCAAGAACUCAACGACCCGGAUCGUUGCGAUCGCACGCAAGUACUACGAUCAGUCGAAAGGGGCCGAAGAUCUCAAGCGCGUCGCCGUCAACGCGUUCGACACGAGCCUUCUCAAGAAUCACGUCGUCAUGGGCGCAGUGGCGUGCUUGAUGAAGUACAUCGAGUUCAUACAAGGCGUCUAUAUCGCGCAAAAGACCAUCAAGGUCGUGCUCACGAUGGCAAGCCCAGUGCUCCUCAUGGACUAUGCGACAAUCGCGGCCCUGGAAAUCACACGCGGAGCGCGCAACGGCUCAAUCCAGCACUCGCUGGUUGCCAAAAUUGACAAUACGCGUACGUCCAUUGGUCGACGCUUGCUGCGCCAAACGAUCUUGCGUCCAAGCUGCGCACUGGAGACCAUCCAAGCACGCCAAGACGUCGUCGAUGUCUUCCUCAACUACCCUUCACUCUUUUUCGACGUUCUGGAAAUUCUACCAGACUUCGCCGAUCUCGACAAAAUGCUGUCGCAGCUGGUGAUGGUGCCAAAAGUGAUUACGGCGCGAACAUCCCAGCAAGGCGUCAUCAAUGUUGUCGCUCUCAAGAGCACGCUGGAGUUGUUACCCCAGCUCCACGAGUGCCUCUCGAAUGCUACAAGCCACAUGGACGAGCCAGUCAAGCUCCUUCAGAGCAUUAUUGUCAGCCUGCAAUGCGACGAAUUUAUCGCGAUCCAGGAGAGCAUCGACCGAGUGAUCGACCCAAACUCGCAAUGGAACCGAUCCGUGCGGCACAUGAAGAUCAAUGGCAGUCUUGCCGUCAAAGCGGGCAUUGACGGCAAACUUGACGUCGCUCGGGCAACCUACCUCAGCACGAUCGACAGCAUCAACGAACGAGUGGAGGAGUACCAAGAUCGCUUCGGAAUUGCCAUCAAGCUCCACUUCAGCGUCGGCCGGGGCUACCACUUGCUCAUUCCCAACGCAACGGGUCAAAUUCAGCAAAUGCAUGACCCCGCCUCGCGAAAUUCCGUGGUUUUAAUUGCUAUUGUAGCCUUGGCGUGCACCACAAAAGACAUCAGCUCGCUCAAUUCUCGCACAAAGGAGUGCAUGAACGACAUCUACCAGCUGUCCUACGGUGUCAUCAACGCACUUCUGGACGAGAUCCGGCCAUUCGUGUGUAAUUUGUACGCGAUGGUCGAAAGCGUCGCGUUGCUUGACAUGCUACUCAGGUUCAAACGUACCCUUUUUCUGUCGGUUCAACGACACGACUCCUACCGGUAUUUAGACUGCCGCCCACAAAUGUGUCCGGACGGCAAUUUAGUCAUCAAGAAGGGGCGGCAUCCGCUUAUUGAGCAAGUCGUCCAGGAUCGUCCAUUUGUCCCCAACGACGUCCCAUGCGCUUCAUGUAGUGUAUUGCUAGUCAUUACGGGUCCCAACUGCUCUGGCAAGUCAACGUAUCUCAAGACAACGGCCAUCAUCACGCUUUUGGCUCACAUGGGCUGCUUCGUACCUGCGACGGAAGCCCGCAUCCCGCUUCGGACACGCAUCUUCACGCGCUUUGGCACCUCGGACGAUAUGGAAGAAAACGCGAGCACGUUCACAGUCGAAAUGCUGGAGCUGGCCUUCAUCUUGGACAACCUUACGGCGCGGUCCUUGAUCCUCAUGGACGAGCUUGGCCGUGGCACUUCGAACGAAGAAGGACUCGCCAUCGCCUGGAGCGCAUGCGAGACGCUGAUGCAAACCAAAGCGUACACGUGCUUUGCAACCCACUUCCACGGCCUGCGCGAGCUCUCUACAAUGUAUGCCAACUGCCGCAACUUUCAUUUGCAAGCCACCAAUACCUCGACGAACCUGCUCGACUUCAAGUACAAGCUGAGCGACGGUCCGUCCGAUCGCAGCCAUGGCUACGGCAUCCAAAUGGCCAAGAUUUGCGGGAUCCCAGCCUCGACGGUGCGUGAUGCCGAGGCUCUUCAAGAAACCAUGCUCUCGACCCAAGACGUCGACAUGAACCUCGUCGUCGAUCACCGCAACAAGAACCUCAACAACAAAUUGCUGCAUCGCCUCAUGGCGCUCCGUGAUUCUAAGUUGGACGACGGCGUGUUGCGCCGCCGACUGCAGCACCUGCGCGAGCAAUUUAUCGACGACUAA